AUGGGUGCAAGAACUCUGCGAUUGCCUAUCAUUACUGACAUCAAACACAAAGGGAUGCAUUUUAUUAUUAUGGAUUCUCCUUCGAAAACGAAUGUGCCUUACUUUGUGGAGGAAUGUUCAAAGCUUAACGUAUCUGAUGUUGUUCGUGUAUGUGAAGACCGGUACCCCGUGGAACCUUUUGAAAAUGCUGGGAUAUGUGUACAUCAUUGGGAAUUCAGUGAUGGUUCGCCUCCACCAGAGAAUAUUCUCACAGAAUGGUUCACUCUCCUCAGAAAUCGAUUUUAUGGGGAAAAUAAUAGCACUCAUGAUGAUCAAAACCACCUGGUACCUGGGCCAAUCGCUGUUCAUUGUAUAGCUGGAUAUGGAAGGGCUCCGGUUCUGGUUGCUGUUGCGUUAAUGGAACUUGGAAUGUCCAGUGAAGAUGCAAUAGAAUUGAUUCGCAGCUUAUUUUACAGUUCCACAAUAAUAGUUGGUGACUGACUUUUUGUAGAACAUCUCUUAAAUUUUCUGUCUUAUUUAUAACAACAUUUACUGUAUUAAAAUCUAAUUGAAGUUGAAACUGCCAGUUGUUCAAAUUCCGAACUGAUCGGUUUAACACGAAAUUUCUUCUCUAUUCAAUAAAAAAAAAGAUCAAAUGAUUUUAAUGUGGAUGUGUUCAAAAAAAAUAUUAUAAAAUUCUUCAUUGGGAUUUUAUUUUUCUAACCUGUCAGUUAACUAAAAACUACUGUCAAAAAUCACC